AUGGCGAAGGGGCUGUUUCCACGGGCCUGGGUGAAGAAGUCGUUCUAUUUCCAGGCUCGGAUCUCUUUUGUAAGGGUGAAGUACUUGUUCCUCACUUGGCUGACGGUGCUAGUGGGGAGUUGGGUGCUCUACGUGCAAUACUCAGCCUACACAGAGCUGUGCAGAGGACGCCAGUGCAAAAACGCCAUUUGUGACAAAUACAAAAGAGGGAUCAUCGAUGGCUCGGCUUGCAGCAGCCUGUGUGAUAAAGACACCUUCUACAUGAGCAGAUGUUUGUCAACGUUCCCCAACAAUCAGGUAUACACGGGGAGCUGGGGCGAUCGCGAAGGGAUCAUUCGCUGUCGUUUGGGGAAAGUUACACACGACGAGCUGGGCGAAGAGCCGGAGCCUCAGCGGGAGGCGCCAGCGUUCGAUACUCCAACUAGGGGCACGUCGGUGGAGAAGUUCCGGGAGAUGGUCUUUAAUCACGUCAAGUCCAAGCUUGGGGAUCAGGCCAACCUCGGCAGUUUGGUGAGCGUGAUCCUGUCGGUGGCGGACGGCAACAAAGAUGGAAAAGUUUCCCUGCCGGAGGCUCGUUCCAUGUGGGCGCUUCUACAGAUUGAUGAGGUCAAUCACAGCCGACGUCCAUUUUUCCAAUGUGCUGUAGUUACAAAUACUGUUACUCAGCAUUGGUUUGAGCCUUUUAAUUAUUGUGUUCUACUGGGUUUGCUUCUCCAAGAACGCGGCCACACCCCUCGCCUCCUGGGCUACUGCGGCGACUUGUACAUGACUGAACGGGUACCCCAUGGCCCCCUGUACGGUCUGUCUGUCCCCCAGCCAUCAGUCUCUUGGCUCCCAGGUGGCUUCCGGCGUGCGACCGACCGGUGGUUGGCCCCCUCGUGGCCCCGCAAAGCAAAGAUCUCCAUGGGCCUCCUGGAACUGGUGGAGGACAUCUUCCACGGCACUUACGGCAGCUUCUUUAUCUGCGACAUGGCGGCGGCGCGUUUCGGAUACACCGACGGCCACGAGCUGCGGCUGACAGACGCUCGGGCGCUGGUGCCCGAGAGCCAGUUUCGUCAGGGGAUGCGGGCACUGAGCUGCCGCACGGAUGAAGACUGCGUGUACGGCGCCGACUGCCGGACAGCGUGCGACGCUGUGCGGCGACGCUGCGGAGAGGAGCCGCUCAGGCCUAAUUUGGCCAAAGUGUGCGGCGCGCUGAAGGACUACCUGCUGCACGGGGCGCCGGGCGCCCUGCGGGAGGAGCUGGAGAGGCACCUGUACGCCUGCAUGGCCCUCAAGGGCAAUGCCGUGCAGUUGAACAUGGAGCACUCGCUGCUGCUCAAUAACUUGAAGUCUCUGCUGUGGAGACAGAUCUCCCACACCAAGGAUUCGUGA